UGUGCUGCAGCUAGCAAGAUGCGGAUGGCUUUGUAGAAGCAGAAAACUGUCUUCAAGCCGCAAUGGCAUUAGGAAUCUGUCAAAGGUUGUAGAUGUUUUUACAAAACAAAUUAUUCCACUGCUUUACGCUUUGUACAUUUCAUAACCGAGAAACGUCACCAGUGGAGUUUGCCGCGUCAAGACUACUCGACAAUAAAGUCAACCGUCACCAGGAAGGAUAGAAAGAGACGGUAAGCAGGCUGAAUGGCUGAGCCGGAGCUCCUCCUGGACUCCAACAUUCGACUCUGGGUGGUGUUACCCAUUGUCUUCAUCACCUUCCUCGUGGGGGUCAUACGUCAUUAUGUGUCCAUUCUUCUUCAAAGUGACAAGAAGCUGACUUUAGAGCAGGUGUCAGACAGCCAGGUACUCAUCCGGAGCAGAAUCCUCAGAGAAAAUGGGAAGUACAUUCCUAAACAAUCCUUUUUAAUGAGGAAGUUUUACUUCAAUAACCAAGAAGAUGGAUUUUUCAAGAAAACCAAAAGGAAGGUGGUUCCACCCUCGCCUAUGACUGAUCCCAGCAUGUUGACGGACAUGAUGAAAGGAAACGUGACCAACGUGCUCCCCAUGAUCCUGAUUGGGGGCUGGAUCAACUGGACCUUCUCAGGAUUUGUAACCACCAAGGUCCCCUUCCCUCUCACGCUGCGCUUCAAGCCCAUGCUGCAACAAGGAAUAGAGCUGCUGUCAUUGGACGCCUCCUGGGUGAGCUCGGCGUCGUGGUACUUCCUGAACGUCUUCGGACUGCGCAGCAUGUACUCGUUAAUCCUGGGCCAAGACAAUGGCGCGGACCAGUCACGGAUCAUGCAGGAGCAGAUGAGUGGGGCGGCCAUGGCCAUGCCUGCCGAUACAAAUAAAGCUUUCAAGGCGGAAUGGGAGGCACUGGAACUCACCGACCACCAGUGGGCGCUGGAGAGUGUAGAGGAGGAGCUCAUGGGUCUGGAGCUGAACUUUGAUGGCAUGUUCAGCAAGGAGCUGCCAACCGGGAUCUUCUGAGUCCCUGCUAGUUUCCACCAGUGGGGUGUGGGCAGGAGGGGCUUUCAAUGCAGGGAUCUGUUUUUUGUUUCCAAUUGAACAAAUCCCUGCAUCUUAUGCAAUGUUUACAUUCUGGUUUUUUUUUUUUUUUCCAAAUUGUACUAACUUUCCACUACUGAAAACAAUGGAUGUUGAACAUAGUGAGAUGCAUUAUAAAUAGCUUGCUAAACAGUCAGUAGGUGCAAACAAUGUGACCUAUUCACUAUGCUUUUCUUGUAUUUCGUUUGUACCUUUAGGUUCAACCAACGAUAGCUUACAACUUGAAUACCGCGAUGAUGUUUAAUUUAACCUUCUACAGUAUGUGUAUGGCACAAAAACCAAUUUGUGUCAUUUUUAAUGUUGUGUAAAAAGUUUUUUUAAUUUGUAACACCCUCUUGUGUUUGUUUUGUACAGUAAAAUCUGUUUGGAUGAAAGUGA